CAGAUUCCUGAAACCAAAUCAACCUUCUCUUUUCUCUACAUUGAUCGUUGUUAACAAAAUACACAGAUGAGUACUGAUCUCUCUAGCUCCAAUAAUGGCCACGACACCACAUUUGUCAAGAUACCCACCAUCAAGUUUACAAAGCUCUUCAUCAAUGGAGAAUUUGUUGAUUCCAUAUCAGGAGCUACAUUUGAGACAAUAGAUCCUAGAACUGAGGAGGUGACGGCGAGAGUCUGCAAGGGAGCUAAAGAAGACAUCGAUGCUGCUGUUAAAGCGGCGCGUGAGGCGUUUGACCAUGGUCCAUGGCCUCGCUUGCCCGGCACUGGAAGAGCAAAACUUUUGAUGAAAUGGGCAGACCUAAUUGAACAAAAUGCAGAAGAAAUAGCAGCAUUAGAAGCGAUUGAUGGUGGCAGGCUGUACCAUUUUGCUAAGAAUUUUGAAAUUUCUGCAUCAGCAAGCACCCUGCGUUACUAUGCAGGUGCUGCUGAUAAAAUUCAUGGUGAGGUGUUCAAAACGUCCGGUGAGUUCCACGCUUAUACACUGUUGGAACCAAUUGGUGUUGUGGGGCACAUUAUUCCCUGGAAUGCCCCCACUGCCUUGUUCUUCACCAAGGUUAGCCCUUCCUUAGCUGCAGGGUGCACCAUGGUCCUCAAGCCUGCUGAACAAACACCUCUCACUGCUUUGUUUUGUGCUCAUUUGGCUAAACUGGCUGGAAUCCCAAAUGGAGUGCUCAAUGUAGUACCCGGAUUUGGCUCAACUGCCGGUGCUGCAAUAAGCUCACACAUGGACAUAGAUAAGGUCAGCUUCACUGGUUCAGUUGAAUCGGGUCGUAAAGUAAUGCAGGCUGCAGCUUUGAGUAAUUUGAAACCAGUUUCACUUGAAUUAGGAGGCAAGUCACCUCUCAUUAUUUUCAAAGAUGCUGAUAUAGACAAAGCUGCUGAUCUAGCUCUCAUAGGAAUCUUGUAUAACAAGGGAGAAGUUUGUGUCGCAAGUUCCCGCGUGUUCAUUCAGGAAGGGAUCUAUGAUGAAUUUGAGAAGAAGUUGGUGGAGAAGGCAAAAGCUUGGGUCCUUGGGGACCCAUUUGAUCCUAAAACUCAGCAAGGACCUCAAGCUGACAGGAACAAUUUUGAAAAAGUUCUAUCCUAUAUUGAACAUGGAAAGAGAGAAGGAGCCACCCUCUUAACAGGAGGCAAAGCAGUGGGCAGCAAGGGAUACUACAUUGAACCUACAAUUUUCUCCAAUGUAAAGGAGGACAUGCUUAUAGCACAGGAUGAAAUAUUUGGCCCUGUCAUGGUACUGAUGAAGUUUAAGACUAUUGAGGAAGCAAUUAAGAGUGCCAACAAUACCAAAUAUGGCUUAGCAGCUGGCAUUGUGACCAAGAACUUGGAUACUGCUAACACUGUAUCGAGGUCCAUCCGUGCAGGCAUUGUUUGGAUCAACUGCUACUUGACCUUAGACAGUGACAUUCCUUUUGGAGGAUACAAGAUGAGCGGAUUUGGAAAAGAUUUGGGAUUGGACGCCCUUCACAAGUACUUGCAAGUUAAAUCUGUUGUCACACCUAUUUACAAUUCUCCUUGGCUCUAAACGUCUCAUGAGUAUAUUCAAAGAAAAAAGAGGGUUUGCAUUCAAUUUACAAUCUUGUAGAUGUGAGUGUGAUGGGAAGGAAGAAGAUGUGUGACUAGCCAUGCCAUAAAAAUAAUAGAAGAUGGAGUAAGAUGUAAAAUGGGUGUUAAGAAAAUUGUGAGAAAACAAGGCAUAUGUACUAUGUAUCCAUUUUUUUCCAUUGUGUAUUUUCAGCUUUGAUUCAUUCACACCAUUCAUUCUCUUUUAUCUCA